AAUCUCAAGUCGGCUCACGAAACGUCAAAAACAAUAACAAUAGUGAAGUUCGUGCGACUGUAAGUUUGCAAUGGCCCUACGGUCUGUAAUGAGUUCUAAAGUGCCUAUAGUGAUAAUUUUAGGUGCUACAGGCACCGGAAAGACUAAACUAGGUGUGGAGUUAGCCCAGAAGUUCAAGACAGAGAUUAUCAGCGCCGAUUCCAUGCAGAUCUACAAGGGGUUGGACAUAGUGACAGCUAAAGCGACGGCGCAAGAACGCAGCCUUGUGGCACACCACCUGCUGGACAUUUUGGAGCCGCAUCAGAUGUUUACCGUGGUGGACUUCAGGAACCGGGCGCUCAGUAUUAUAGACAAUCUAAGCCAACAAGGAAAGAUUCCACUAGUCGUUGGCGGGACCAAUUACUACGUCGAGUCUAUAGUGUACAAUAUACUUGUUGAAGAUGCGGAUAAUACGAAUGAGCUUCUCUGGGAUUCCAGUAAAAGAAAACGAGACUUCGAAAACGAAGACGAUGAAAUACCUGAAAGUACUGAAAAGCGUAAUAUUGUAGACGCCACAGAUGAGAAAUCUAUUUCUAAACCAGACGAUAGAGAAGGUCCAUCAUCUAAUGAUGAUGAAAGUGGAACAAAUGAUUUGGAAGUAACCAAGGAAGCUUUGCAAGAAUUUGUUGAUAAUGAAAAGAAAUUCACGAAUGAAGAAGUCCAUGAUAAGUUGAGAUUAAUUGACCCCGUGCAAGCGGGUCGUCUGCACCCCAACAACAGGAGAAAAGUACUCAGAUCCAUCGAGGUGUGGCUCCACAGCGGGCGGCGCCACAGCGAGGUGCUGGCGGAGCAGCGCGGCGAGGAGGGGCGGCUGCGGCACCCCGGCGCGACCCUGGUGCUGUGGCUGAAAUGUGAACAGUCAGUCCACGACAGUCGUCUGGACACGCGCGUGGACGCCAUGCUCCGGGCUGGGCUGCUGCAGGAGCUGGAGGCCUUCCACCGCCGACACAACCUGCGCCGGCUGCAGGGGGGACAGCCACCUGACUACACCAAGGGCAUUUUCCAAACUCUGGGCUUCAAGGAAUUUCAUGAAUACUUGAUGCUGCCAGAAGAGGAGAAGUCUUCUGAACAAGGACAGAAACUACUGGAAAUGAGCAUAGACAACAUGAAAAUGGCCACUAGGAGGUAUGCCAGGCGGCAGAAUAAGAUGACCAGGGGAAGAUUUUUAGAACAUCCAAACAGAGAGAUACCACCGAUAUAUGAAUUGGACACAACAAAUAUUGAAUUGUGGGACACAGAGGUUAGAGAGAAAGCUAUUCACAUAGUUGAAAGUUUUCUUAAUGGAGAAGAGUGCAGAUUUCAACCUCUCAAAUCCCAAGUUGAUGAUGAACGGAAGAAUGAUGAUGAGAAUUCAUAUAACUACUGCAAUGUUUGUGAAAGAAUAAUUAUUGGGGAUAGAACAUACCGAAUACAUAUGAAAUCUAACAAGCAUAAAAAAGUACUGAAAAAGAAAAACGAAGAAGCUAAGAAAAACCAGGAUGUUCCUAAAUAA